CGCAACGAACCAAUCAAGCAAGUUCGAAUAAUGUAACCGGCCUAACCUUUGAUGAGCCAGGUUUUAGCAGGGUAUUAGUAAUCCAAAUAUAACGUUCAGUUAUAAAACCGUGUCUCUUACCAACCUAAUAUCUUUCCUCAUAUUGCUCAAGGGACACGUAGAGAAAAAGUGGGAAAGUGGGUCCGAAAAGAAUUAGUUGUAAAACGCAAGGGAUUGUUGAGGAAACAAAAGCCCCUUUUUCAAUCUCAACCGUCUCCGUCUUCAACUCGCGUUUCAGAAAACAUUUGAGCGACAAUUCUCAAUCUACACCAGCAGCCAGCCAUUCCCCAAAUCAAACUAUACUUUUACGAAUUUACUUAUUUCGGGCGAUGUUUGCUUGGUGGCGUCAUAUGGCAUUGGCAAUGUGAUCAAACGAUGUCGCUUUACAUCGGUCGUGAGGCUUCAAAGCUAUGGAAAAGAAUUUGUGCAGAAACCACAACUGAAUUCAAUCUUCUCGCGGACAACUGGAAGUAUAUUCUUGCCGGUUUAAUUUGCCAGUACAUUCAUGGGCUGGCAGCUCGAGGAGUCCACUAUCUUCAUCGCCCCGGGCCCGUUCUCCAGGAUACCGGCUUCUUUCUACUUCCUGAGCUCGGACAAGAGAGAGCUUACGUCAGUGAGACUGUUUUCACUUUCGUGUUUCUAUCUUUUGUUUUGGCUUGCCAAUUUCUUCGUAUCAUUACAUUCUAUUCGACUCAACUUCCAGGUCCAAAUUACCAUUGUCGAGAGGGUUCACGGCUUGCAACACUGCCUCGUCCAGACAAUCCUCUUGAAGUUCUAGUAUUCAUUCCUCGUGGUGUGCUUUAUGGAUGUGGUGAUUUGAUAUUCUCAUCACAUAUGAUCUUCUCUCUAGUAUUUGUGCGGACAUAUCAAAAAUAUGGAACGCGGAGAUUUAUAAAGCAAUGCGCUUGGGUAAUCGUAGUGGUUCAGAGUUUGCUAAUUAUUGCUUCUCGUAAGCAUUACACUGUUGAUGUGACUGUCGCCUGGUACACUGUAAAUCUGGUGGUUUUCUUCAUUGACCGCAAGUUGACAGAGAUGCCUGAGCGUAGUCUAGGAGCUGUCUUACCAUUGGCCAAAGAUGUGCGGAUGAAAGACGAUCAUGUUAAACUUGUGAAUGAUCCUGCAGCAGAUCGGAGGCUGCUGAGAAGUCCAGCAAAUGGGAAAGUUAGCGAAGAUAGCAACAAUGUACAUGGUGGUGACGUGCUCGACAGUUUAUAGUGAAGUGGAAUUGUGUUUUUGUUUUUGUUUGCGAUUCUAUUCAUUGUAUAAUGGAUUUUCAUGUUCUUUGAUUAGCAUUUGUUAUUUGGUUUGUUUCUGAAUUUUAUCAUGAUAAUGUCAAUAGCAUAUGUAUGAUUCUCA